CGAGCGUCGGGAGCGCGCAGCGGGGUCUUGCGUACAACUGGUGUGUGUGCGCUCCUCUCCCGUCAGUUACCCGCUGUUUGAAUGUGACGAGAUGCCGUCUUCCCCCAUCCCGUGUACCGCAACGAAAAACGUAUUUUUUUGUUUGUGCGUUUUUGACUUCAGCUAACGGGAUACUUGAUGGACACAUUAGCUUUCUAUGAUCCCUCGUUUUUGCUGUGUGAGCGGCUUGUGGCGGACUGACAGGCGGCAUUUUUUUUGUGUGUGGCAUGUGAUACAGACGAGAGACUGAGGCGUGUUCGUGUCUCACGGAUUGUACCGGGAGGAGAAGCGAGGGAAGAAGCGGCUUUCUUUCAUCGUGUGCUGUCCGUGGAUGUGACUUUAUCACCGCUCGGGUUCAGCAGGACAUGACGGAGGAGCGCUGCCGGUGGAUUUUAUGGGGCUCUUGCUAGCUGUUGAAUGGCAAGAUGAACAAUGACUCUGGAGCGUCAUAGUUUUGUUUGGUUGCUGUUAUGCGAAUGACUUAUGUUGUGUUUUUUAAAAAACGUGCAGACAGUGAACGCAUUUUGAAUCUUUUGUGAAGUGAGGGCUAACGUUGGUUAAACACAGGGAGGAUCAGUUCAGGCGCGGCCAGGCGAGCCGACAAUGCGGAUUACCUCUUGACUGUUUGCCUUUGUGUCAAUACAGGCUGUUUGUAUAAAGUUCAGAUAGCAGCGGUCGCAGGACAAAUAGCCCGUCCUUUCUGCAAUUAUCAUUUUAUUUUAUUUUAUUUUAUUUUAUUUUAUGAUCUUGGAAAGGAGACAAUACGUUGACGUGAGGUACAAAUCCCGCAUGUGCACAGGUCGUGUGUGAAACUGCAAGCUGACUGAAAACAGAGCAACAGGGACAACGAUGGCGAACGACUCUAUACAAAGCGACCCAGAUGGGCUGUCGGUUCUGGAGCAGCUCGGUCUGGACCAGAACUCGGAUUUCUCCGACUCUAGUGUGCAGCAGCUUCUGGACGAGCAGCGCGAAAGGAUCCGCAGAGAGAUUCGUAAGGAGCUGAAAAUCAAGGAAGGAGCUGAGAACCUGCGCAGGGCGACGACUGACAAGAGGAACGCACAGCAGGUGGACAACCAGUUGCGGUCUUCUAACCGCAGGCUGGACAACCUACAUGCUCAGCUGCAAGAACUGGACGCUCACAUUGUGGUGAAAGGAGGAGAGGAGAAUAAAGAUGAGUGUCCUCAGUCUCCCGGGGCAGAGAGUCGUACGUCAGCCCACAAGGAACGCAUUGCUGCCUUGGAGAGGCAGCUCAACAUCGAGCUCAAAGUCAAACAGGGAGUUGAAAACAUGAUCCCCAUCUACGCCAAUGGAUCCACCAAGGAUAAGAAGAUGCUGCAGACCGCCCAGCAGAUGCUGCAGGACAGUAAGACCAAAAUUGACAUCAUCCGCAUGCAAAUCCGCAAGGCUGUGCAGGCCACCGAGCACAAUGAUGACACACAGGGUAACCAGGACCUCUGUGGGGUGGAGCUGCGUAUUGAAGAGCUGAGGCAUCACUACAGGGUGGAACAUGCUGUCGCUGAGGGGGCCAAAAAUGUGCUGAGGCUCCUGGGGGCCAGCAAGGUCCAGGACAAGAAAGCCCUGUCUGAGGCUCAGUCUCGCCUGAGCGAGGCAUCUCAGCGGUUAGACCUGCUGAGGGACUCUCUGGACCAGCGUCUGACAGAGCUGCCGGAGGACCAUCCCAAGGCCAGCGUCAUCAAAGAGGAGCUAGUCCUGGCCUCCUCCCCUGCCUUCAGCUCUCGCCAUGGCGCCCCCUACCUCCACAACCAGUACAGCACCCUCAACAAACCCUCACCUCUCACUGGUACCUUACAGGUGCAGCUGCUGGGCUGCGUGGGGUUGUUGGAGGUGGUCCCAGGUCGCAACAAAGGGACAGCUGUCCUGCUGCCCUGCUACAGCCCCGGAGACACCAGGUCCUUCAUGAGAGGCAGCAAGGGGCUCUAUGGACGGAGCGGCUCAGUCAGUGGGAAGACGCCCAGCAAGACAGAAGAGCUCUCCUCUGAGGUGGGUGCAGUGCUGAAGCUGGAUAACACAGUGGUGGGCCAGACAGCUUGGAAGACUGUGGGAGAACAGGCCUGGGACCAGACCUUCACUGUUGAGCUGGAAAGGUCGAGGGAGAUGGAGAUUGCUGUUUACUGGAAGGACUACCGCUCGUUGUGUGCUGUGAAGUACCUGAAGCUGGAGGAGUUCCUGGACAACCAGAAACACAGAGUUCAGCUGGAGCUGGAGCCUCAGGGCCUGCUGCUGGCUGAGGUGACCUUCUUCAACCCGGUCAUUGAGCGAGUUCCUCGCCUCCAGAGGCAGAAGAAGGUCUUUUCUAAGCAGCAAGGCAAGGCAUUCCUGCGGGCUCGUCAAAUGAACGUGGAUAUCGGGACGUGGGUGAGGCUGCUUCGAAACGCCAUUCCAACUGUCAACAACUCAGGAACCUACAGUCCCAACGCACACAGCCUGACACUCAACUCCGGGGAGGUCUCAGUGGAGAAGUUGAGUCUGGACAGCGACUCUCCGAUAAGAGGCGAUUACAAGAGAGACACGGACACACACACCCCGGUGAGACAGACGGAGAGAGAGGAAGCCCGGGAAAUGGGGGAGGACCGACCGCCAGUGAUCGAGCCCUUCUCCCCCCAAGACCUCACCCCCGAGUGCCCUGUCCGAACCCUGUCUGUUAGCAGUAAGCAGAGGAAAGGUCCUCUGUCUCUCCAGGACUUCAGGCUGAUCGCUGUGUUAGGCAGGGGACACUUUGGGAAGGUGUUGUUGUCAGAAUACAAGAAGACAGGCACGAUGUAUGCCAUCAAAGCCCUGAAGAAAGGAGAUAUUGUAGCUCGGGAUGAGGUGGAAAGUCUAAUGUGCGAGAAGCGCAUCUUUGAGAUUGUGAACAUGUCCCACCAUCCCUUCCUGGUCAACCUGUUUGCGUGCUUCCAGACUCCAGAACAUGUGUGUUUUGUUAUGGAGUACACAGCAGGAGGCGACCUGAUGAUGCACAUCCACACAGAUGUCUUCACAGAGCCACGAGCUGUGUUUUAUGCAGCCUGUGUAGUUCUUGGACUUCAGUUCCUCCAUGACCAUAAGAUUGUGUACAGAGACCUCAAGCUUGACAACCUGCUGCUAGACACAGAUGGUUAUGUGAAGAUCGCUGACUUUGGACUGUGUAAAGAAGGAAUGGGCUUUGGGGACCGGACCAGCACUUUCUGUGGGACUCCAGAGUUUUUGGCCCCAGAGGUCCUAACGGAUACAUCCUACACCAGGGCAGUAGACUGGUGGGGACUGGGGGUCCUCAUCUAUGAAAUGUUGGUGGGAGAGUCUCCGUUCCCAGGGGAUGAUGAAGAGGAGGUGUUUGACAGCAUUGUGAAUGAUGAAGUCCGCUAUCCACGCUUCCUGUCCACAGAGGCUAUUGGCAUCAUGAGAAGGCUGUUGAGGAGGAACCCAGAGAGAAGACUGGGCUCUGGUGAAAAGGAUGCAGAGGAGGUGAAGAAGCAGCCAUUUUUCAGAAAUGUGGACUGGGAGGCGUUGCUGCAAAAGAAGGCGCCCCCUCCCUUCGUCCCCUCUAUUGGCGGCAAGGAAGACGUCAGCAACUUCGACGAGGAGUUCACCACUGAAGCUCCGACACUCACACCUCCACGAGAGCCUCGCGUGCUCUCGCGCAAAGACCAGGACAGCUUCCGGGACUUUGACUACGUCUCUGACCUCUGCUAGGGGGCUGGGGACUCACAGACCUCGAGGAAUGUUCGAAUUUGAAGGCUUCACAGCGGGUUUUGUUAGAGUGGACCGGGCAGUCUCUACCGACUGUCCGCUGACAGUUUGUCUGCCCUUAAUUACACUGUGAAUGAAUGCAAAAAGACCAAAGGCAGUCAAUCUGUUUUGUGUGUCUGCAGGGUUUUAAAGGUCGAGGACUGAGAAAAUAAAAGCCGGAACGGAUAGCUGAUGGGGUAAAAUGUUCUAUCACAAACGAAGGAAAAACGAAGGCCCCCUCUCCAGUCAUUGUACAACACACCAGUGACUUGUGUAUCUUGCAAACAUUAGCCUUUAAAAUGCGUCCUCCCAUUCUCGUAUGUGUCAGUGUGUAGUCACCUGUUCAGCUGUAAGAGGAGGAGCUCGCUGUCUCUUCGUACUGUUGACUGUUUGAGGGUUGCUUAACGGCUUCUCAUACUGAUGCCUUACAUUUGUACUUGUAUUUGAUCCACAGAAAACCAUUUUGUUUUUAUUUUGUGGCCCUGUUGUAUACAGCAGCAGGAAGAGUGAUCCGACAUGCUGCAGAAACACCCUCAACUGUUCUUUUUUUAAAGAGGAUUUGCUUGUGAGAGUGGAAAUAGUGGCGUUCAUAAUGAAUUUGUAUUUAAAGCUUCCUCAGCAGUCGCAUGCAAUGACCUUCAGUCACGCUGACCGAUGCUAGGCAGAUUAUGAGUUAACUACGGGGUAAAGAACCACUGUCUUACUUUUCUUUUGGACUUUUACCAAGUACUUUUUAAAAUUUGUGCUGCUUUUAAUGUCUGCAACAAAUGUUAGAACAGCAAUUUACAAAGAAGUCAUGUUUUAUGACAGUUGACUCCUCAAUGCAUUAUUCAAUACCCACCACACACAUUGUUUUAAUUGGAUAUUUGAGUAUUAUACAUAAUUUGAUAUAAGUAGGUGUAGCAACACAGAAUCGCAACCACCAGCAUAAAAGCUAUGUGGCAAGCAGGUUAUUUCAUUAUUUUUAAUUGAAAAAAAGAAUCUGAACACUAAGAAUUGAUGUACAAGUAACAGAGACUGUCCAUUAUGGGUUUGAGACACAUCCAGUUAUCUACAUGCUAGUUUUGUGAACAUGACGUAAGUAAUUUCCCUCCAAGACACUUAUAUCUGACUUUAAACUCUUCAAACACUGGCUGUAACAGUUGUUUUAGCGUCAGUUUUAAGAACUUAAGCCACCAACAGUUUUAAAAACUGUCCGUUGUGGGAAUUGCAGGGUUUGGUCUCCAUCACAGUGAUAAAAUUAUCUUUGUUUCAGGCGAAACCGAUUGAUAGCUUAGUGAUUUUGGAAAAUCUGGGUGACACAACAAACCUCAUUAGCCACUUUUCCACAGUAGAGCCAAUUAGAGCUUGCUGCAGUGAGUGCUGCCUUAGAUCCCAGCUAACAAGUUGUCUUGGCAAUACGUUUCUAAAUGAACAAUAUCAUUUGAAGGAAACAGAAUGAUAAAUGUUGGGAAAAUAUGAGCCAGUGGUAUAAACUUCUGUAACACUUGACCAUUUCUGAGUACAGGAGAGGUUUGUAUGUAUGAUGGUGUGGAUUUUACUUAUCAUGUGUAUGACAAUACAAAACCAUGUGAGAGUAUGAGAUGACUUAUUUUAUAAAGAAAACCUGGAGUGAAUAUGA